AUGCGGAGCAAAGUACCGAAUCAUCCUGAAUCUUCAUUCUUGGCAUACUAUGUGGCGAGACUGCAGCAACCGGUGCGGAAUCAAGUUAGGCACCAACACCCUACUUCGGUGGCAGCGGCAAUGGCCCUCGCCGUAGAUUACGACAGCUGCUUGGAGAAGCCGGUGGUCCACCCAGGGAUCCAGCGCCGAAAUGGAAUGACCAAGGACUGGCGCACGUCUGCUCCGCAGAGGCAACCCCAGUCUACCGGGAAACCUAUUUAUGCCAAGGGCCCGGAGUAUUCAAAAUUACCGAUUAUUCGUCCCACUGCAGUAGAAAAGGCGGAUAGGAUUCGCCGAGGUGUUUGUUGGUAUUGUGAGGAAAAAUGGGUCCCGGACCACGCCUGCAAGAGAUCCUUUCUGGCUUACAUUGGCCCAGAGGAGGAUAAGGAGACGAAGGUGCACGUGCAGCCGCCCGUGCAACCGGAGACCGAAGUGAUCACAACCGAUCUCUCACACAUUUAUGCUUUGGAAGGAAAGCAAAUACCAGCUGCUAUUGAAUUGAACGGCUUCAUUGACACUUCUUCAGUGCGUAUUUUGGUGGACACAGGCAGCUCACAUUAUUUUCUGCAUCCGAAGGUUGCGGAGCGGCUCUCCCUGCCCCUCAAAUCAAUUAGGCCUUUUCGAGUAUAUGUUGGCAAUGGUGAAUCGUUGUUGUGUUCGCACACGAGCGUGCAGACGCGUUUAGUGGUUCAGAAUCAAGUUUUUCUGCUAGACUUACACAUUCUACCUAUUCUCGGACCUGAGGUGAUUUUGGGUAUGACCUGGUUGAAGUCACUCCGUCGUGUCACGAACGACUAUGAGGUGGGCACAAUCGAAUUCAUCAGGGAAGGGGUGCCAGUUUGCUUGAAGGUCACACCGCCGACCCCGAAGCAGUUGUCCCUGCGGUCGUUUGCCAGUCUACUGACUAUGCAGGGUACAACCGACUUGUUCGAACUAAUCCCCAUCCAGCAGGACGGUCCCAUGGCUGGUGAGACCGUUGAAUUGAAGUUUUCGACGGGUCUGCCACCCUCCAUCAGCAGGAUCCUGGACGCCCAUAACUCCGUGUUCAGCAUGCCGUCUGGCAUGCCGCCGCCGCAUCCCUUUGAUCAUAGAAUCCAUCUUUUACUCAGGACGAAACCGGUCAAUGUCCGACCCUAUCGAUAUCCAUAUUUCCAGAAGAACGAGAUCGAGAAGCAGGUAAAGGAAAUGUUGGCCUCAGGGAUCAUUCGACCCAGUCAGAGUCCAUUCUCAUCCCCGGUUUUGUUGAUCCGCAAAAAAGAUGGGACAUUUCGUUUCUGCAUCGAUUAUAGAGCUUUGAACACAGCCACAGUCCCAGAUCACUUGCCGAUCCCGACUACAGAGGAGUUAUUCGACGAGUUGGGAUCAGCCUGGGUUUUUACCAAACUGGAUUUACGAUCUGGUUACCAACAACUCCGAAUGCACACGGAUGACAUCUACAAGACAGCGUUCCACACUCAUGAUGGCCACUUCGAGUUCUUGGUAAUGCCUUUUGGCUUGACUAAUGCGCCUUCGACUUUUCAGUCUCCAAUGAAUGCUAUUUUUCGACAACUCCUCCGACUCUCUGUCAUCGUUUUCUUCGACGAUAUAUUGAUAUAUAUCCCCUCGUUGGAUUCACACGCGCAGCAUUUACAUGAGGUCUUCACUAUCCUGGAAACUAAUAAAUUCUUUGUGAAAAUGUCAAAGUGUGUGUUCUGCAGCGAGUCGGUGGACUAUCUCGGGCAUUUGAUUUUGGGCAGGCACUUAAAGAGCGACCCAGAAAAAAUUGCAGCGAUGGUAGCAUGGCCAGUCCCAUCCACUAUUAAACAGUUGCGAGGGCCACUAACUGACUUGCUAAAGAAGGAUGCUUUUCAGUGGUCCCCUGUGGCUGCAGACAGCUUCGAGGCGCUAAAAACGGCUAUUACGUCGGCCCCAGUACUCCGUCUUCCGGACUUUAGCAAGCCUUUUUAUUUAGAGACAAACGCCUCCGAUUUUGGUAUAAGGGCGGUAUUGCUACAAGACGAUCAACCAUUCACUUUUUUCAGCAAGAAGCUAGGCCCUCGUAGGCGGGUGACAUCGACUUACCACAAGGAACUUUACGCUAUAGUAGAAGCAGUGCAGAAAUGGCGUCAGUAUUUACUUGGUCGUGAGUUCGUAAUCCGCAGUGACCAAAAAAACUUAAAGGAACUACUGCAACAAGUCAUUCAGACCCCGGAUCAACAUUUUUACGCACGGAAGCUAAUGGGAUACAAGUUUCGAAUCGAGUAUAAGACAGGCGCUUCCAAUCGAGUGGCUGAUGCCUUGUCACGACGAGACAUGGAUCCGUCGCCGGAGGCCGUGGAUCAGGCAACAGCGGCUACAGCCCUUUUGACGGCAGUCUCGCAUCCUGUCCCGGAAAUAUUGGACACUCUGAUUGAGGAAUCGAAAUCAACCCCUAAUUAG